AUGGCAGACCGUAACAGACAGCCACGAUCCCGCGAUUACCUCAAGGGCGCUACGAAAAUGAAGCGCAGAAGAGUUACUUCAUCUGGCUCAUCACAACAAGAAGACGAAGCUCACCUCAUACCCAGAAGCAACGGCGCCUCGUCAACUGCGCGAGGUCAGAUCUCUUUACGAGACUACAACUUUGCGCCAGGCCAGACCUUUGCGCCAGAUAAGAUAUUCGCGCCAAUCAACAUGACCAAUCUGCCAUCCUCCUCUGAGAUGGCUACCACCGUCUUCAGACGUGAGCACUCCUUUGUGCACCCUUCGGCUGAUCAUAAUGCUCCACUGCAGCGUUCGCUCUCGAGUUUCACGGGCUCACGGCAAUCCGGCUCUUUGGCGCCUCGUUUUCAAGCCUUCGAAGAGCAGCAAGAACUGUGCGCAGGUGGCAUUACACUCGACUCAUUGCAACAGAUUCAGAGUCAAGGAUCCGCAGACAUGGGCUUCAGUGGUUCAGUCCCAGGUGUCUGGACUACGUUCGCCACCGAACCACCAGCGGUCAGCCCAUACAGACAACCCGAGUCUUCCUGGCUCCAAACUCAAGCAGACCUCAGACGCGCCAAUCUCCUCAACACCUCCACCUACUGGCAACCCACUACAAAAGCAUCAAUCCAACGGCAACUCGAUACACCUCCCAAAGGCCUCCUCGACCUUCCCCCAGAAUUGCGAAACAACAUCUACGAUUUCGUCUUCACUCUGUCGCCUACCUCCGCUAGAGUCAACAUCUACGAAGCAGCACCACCCCUCUCAACAGACCUCCUCUUCACAUCCCACCAGAUCCACAACGAGGCCCUUCACUCUUACCGCAAAGCCUACAAAGCCUGGUGGCUCAACACCUCCUUCAUCGUCGAUACUCGCGACGACGCAAUCAACGAGACUCAUCACCGCGCGAUCGAGGAGCUGGCAUACGACGAUCUGCAACACGCACGCCACCUCGAGGUGAUCACAUCGAAGGAGAGGAGUUUUGUGCUUGUCGAUGCGCGUGGGGUGUGUAAGAUCAGCGGCAGAAAUCUUAUCACCACUGUGCCAGCCUCCAAUAGAGAGGAGUGGAUCGUACCAUACAUGCCUGAUGGGAAGGACUGGAGUGUCAGGGAUAGAAUCCACUACAGUGAGGUGUCGGCUUGGAAGCAGUGCAAUGAGAGAGGAUUUCGAGUGUUGCCGGUUUCUGAUCAGAUUCGAUAUCUGGUCGAGCGAUAUGGCGGUUGA